CUCAAAAUCACGCGAAAAUUUCAAAAAGUUACAUAAAAUUUUGGUGAAUCCGCGUUGUUUUUCGUAUAAAUGAACGUCGCGGUCGUUGCUGUGCGAUAAAACCCCCCAAUAUUUUCCGAUGCGCAUUCGACGCAGCCGUACCCUGAAGCAGCUGCUGGAUCUGUGGCCGGGAAAGAAUACGCUCGGUAUCUAUCGGUUCCUGCCGCUGUUCUUCGGGCUCGGGGCGGCGCUCGAGUUUUCCAUGAUCCAUUGGCGGGUGGGGGAGACCAACUUUUAUAACACCUUCAAGAAGCGUCAAGCCAAGGAAAUCGUCGACGAAAAGUUGCGACUACACCAGUUGGAACCAAGCCAACAGUCUACUAGUUAAGGUAAAUUGUUAUAUUUAAAAAAAAAAACCUCACACAAUGCCGGCCGGU